UCGAUGUACAGUGUCUUAAUUGAGGGUCUCUGCAAAGACAAAGAAAUAGGAAAAGCGGUAAAAUUAUUUGAGGACAUGAAAAGUAGUGAGGUUGCUCCUGAUGUCCGCUUGCUCAAGAAGAUGGUUGAGGCAUUCUGCCAUGAAGGAGAUUUUGCCAUUGUUGGCCCGUUUAUCAAUGAAAAUGCUGCGCAGUUGAAACCUAGCGGUGUUAUCUCACUGUACAAUGUGCUAUUAGAAGGACUUGUUAACCAUGGGCAGGCAGAAGCAGCUUAUCGGUUGCUCACCUCAAUGAUAUGUGGUGUUCAGGAUAUUAGUGAAGGUUUGACUGUUGGUGCACAUGUGGUUGAUACCGGUCAGGAUGUUAAGCCAAACUCUGAUUCCUUCAACAUUGUUGUGUGUGGCCUUUGUAAGGUUAAGAAGUUGGAUGAUGCCUUAGCUCUUAUAAAGGACAUGGUUAGCUUUGGCUGCAAGGGAAAGCUAUUGAUGUUUAAUGAUUUGAUCUAUGAGUUGUGCAAUUUAGAUAGGUUAGAUGAAGGAUACGAAUUGCUUAACCAAAUGAAGGAUCUUCGUGUGAUACCCUCAGAGUUCACAUACAAUUCGUUAUUUUAUGGCAUUUGCAGGAGAAAAGAUCCAAAUGGUGCUCUUGAUUUACUGGGGGAGAUGCGCACAAAUGGACAUAAACCAUGGAUAAAGAACUGCACAGAGAUGGUGCAACAACUUUGCUUCAGUGGCAGGAUAACAGAAGCCCUUGAAUUUCUAGAAGAAAUGCUCAAAAUGGGUUUUCUUCCUGACAUAGUGACAUACUCCGCUGCCAUGAAUGGACUGUGUAAAGCCGGUGAAGUGGACAAUGCGUUAGGGAUCUUCCGUGACAUUUCUGCCAAAUAUUAUCUUCCUGAUGUGGUAGCACAUAAUAUCUUGAUAAAUGGGUUUCGUAUAUCAGGUAAAUUGAACGAGGCACAAGAAAUUAUGGAGGAGAUGUUGGAGAAGGGCCUGUUUCCUUCUAUUGUUACCUACAACCUUAUGAUUGAUGUUUGGUGCAAGUCUGGAAAUAUUGAAAAAGCGGUUGAUUGCUUAAAUAAAAUGGCUGAUGAAGAAGAGUCACCAACAGUAGUUACAUAUACAAGCUUGAUAGAUGGACUCUGUACUGCUGGAAGACCUGACGAAGCCAUUGGUUUGUGGCACAAAAUGAGUGAUAAAGGUUGUGCUCCAAAUAAGAUAGCAUAUAGCGCUUUUGUUAAUGGAUUGUGCAAGUGUGGUCGAGUAGAGACUGCACUGACCUACUAUGAUGAGAUGAUGACGAAAGGUUUUGAGUUAGAUACUUUUUCCUGCUUAUAUUUUAUAAAUGGUUUGAUAUCAAAUGGAAAUGCCACUAAAGGAUGUGAGCUUUUGAAAGAGAUUCUCCAAAAAGACAUGACACACUGUGAUGAUUUGAAGAUGGUAGGACUAGUAAAUAAAGCAGUUGAAGAGCUUUCUAAAGAUGGAAGAACUUCUCCAGAUAUCAGCAUACUUGUAGAGAAAGGUUUAAUUUCAAGGGCUCAAAUUAUGCACAAGAAAGAUGGAAACAACUGACAUCUGGUGCUGGCAUGAGUUCUGGAUGAGCCAUGGUGUCAGCUCUAUGGUGCCAAGUUAUGCAGAUUGUUCAUUGCUUCGAUCUACAUGCCUUUUUGUGCAUGCAACUACUUUCUGUUGGAAGAUUUUUCUUCAAGGAUCUUUCUUGAAGUAACAAUGGGCUAUGGUUUCAGAUGGUGGGUUUUCUGAUGUUUUGGACUUGAAAUAUUUCAUGACGAGUGAACGAAUGCACAUAAAAGCCCUCAAUCUCAAACUGUUUGGAGACUAAUUUAUGACUCCAAGUGUGCUCACUUGAUGGUGCCUGCAUGGAGUCAGAGGGAAUGUUUGUGUUUCUUGGGCUGAUCAUACGUCCACCAUAUAGUGAUUGUGGGGGAUCGACAUGUACCAACUACAGUUGCCAGGAGCAGAAGAAUCAAAUGUUCCUUUGACCAUCGCUGUAGGAACAGCGGAAUCUGAUGAGACUUGCCCUUUGAAGAUAACUUCUACUGUAUGAUGCUAAAAUGAUUUAUAAAAGAGAGGGUAAAUAUUGCCAGUAUAGGAAAUCCACAGUUUCACAGUUAUCACAGUACAUACCUCUGUGAUCCCUGAGUAGCAGUUGCUUUAUUUAUAAAGCAGGGCGAAAGCCUAUUUCGAGGAGGAGGAGGAUCCCUGAGUAGCAGAAUACACAGUUCUCACCAUGUAUCCCCAAAUUUACA